CCUACCGCCAGCGCCGCUGACCACCUCUGACAUCCAGGAUGCGGCUCUCGUUUAUCCUGGAGCUGCUGCUCAUAUUCCUGCUGCUGGCCUUCGCUGCGUCCAGGUCCAUUGGUCCGAAGCGCCGCCCGGGCCAGAAGCAGGCCGUGGCCCCAGCGCCGGCCCCCGCGGAGGUGGCCACCGGCGACGUGGAGGCGGCUGGGGGCGGCGGGGGCGGAGGGCCCAGCCGCUACUGCUCGUGCGCCAGCCUCGUCUGCAAGUGCUGCCGCGAGUUCGCGCUGCCGCUGCUCCGUGGGCCAGGAUGUGCCCGUAUCCAGUACCUGCAAGGUGAUUCUAUGUUAGUGACCAUGAGCUUUGCCGAUCGGGUCCUACACAACACAACAAUCUCAGGGCGGCGUCCCAAGCCGGUGUGCAUGCCGCUGCCGGGCGGCGUGUCGCGCUUCUGCGGCCGCGUGUACGGCGUGCAGCGCGACGGGGACCAGCAAUUCCGCGCCUGCCUCGGCCUGGAGCUGCGCACCCUCGAGGAUCUGGAGGCGGCCGUGCGCGUCUCCUGCUUCCGCUUCGCGCAGCAGGGCCUCUCGCUGGAGCCCGCGCCGCCACUGCCGCCGCUCCAGCAGGACAACGACGACGACGACGACGACGAUGACGACGACGACGACGACGACGACUACGCACUGGACGACGAUGACGACGACGACGACGACAUAGCGCUCGACGACGAUGACGACGACGACGACGACGACGAUGACGAUGACGACGACGCUUCUGAGAACGACGUAUCCCCCGACUACACAGGUUUCAGCGUCUUAGGCGACGACCUCCUCGGACUGUUCGCCGGCGGCGGAAGCGGAGGCGCCAGCAAGAAGAAGCCCGCUCCAGUCAACACUGCCGCCGCCCCCGGCAAGAACAAGAGGAAGCCGGCGGCGGCGCCUGCCCGGCCCACAAAGACGGCAACGACACCCCGACCCGUACGCAAGGGCGCCGCCUCCUCCACGAUUUCGCCACCGAAGGCGACGGCCGGAGCGCCUGCCAAACCGGUCAAAGCCACCAGACCGAAACCAACCAAGUCCAGACCGGCCGUUCCGAAGCGCCCGGCGACCCGCCGCAACACUACCGCGUCUACAACUCCGCGCGCGAAGCCGACGAGACCGUCGACUACUCCGCUCCCUCCCACACCGUCCACUGCCGCACAGAAGGUGGUGACGUGGUCGAGCGUCGCAGGAACGGGUAACGACCAGAUGGCGUCGUCGACCGCGGCGACGGACAACGCCGCGGAGGAGGCGGAAGCUGUUACGGCGACCGUCACCAGUAUCAGCGUGGUAGAGGUUGUCACCAGCGCCCCGACGCAGGUUAACGCAGCUGGGAAAAGGCCUGCGUCGGAGAAACCGGUAACGGCUGCAGCAGCACCCCCCAAGGAGCCUACCACCCACGAAACUGUCGAAGCGUCACCCGCGACAGAGAGCUCAGAGGAAGAUGUGGAAGAAGAAGGAGAGGAAGAGGCUGCCGAAUCUUCUGACACACCAGAUGAACAGGAUGAAGAGUAUGAUGAUGAUGAUGAUGACGAUGAUGACGAAGAGGAUGACGAGGAAAAGGAUGAAGAGGUUGCAGAAGAAGGAAGUGAAGAACAGCAAGAAGGGGGUGAUAGUGGAGAUGAUAAGAAUGAAGAAGAAGAAGAGGAGGAGAAAAAUGAAGUGACGACACAGCCGCCAGCAUACUCGAAGCCUGCGGAUCCUCUAGGAGAGGCCAGUUCUGAAAUGGAAGCCGUCGGGGAUGAUAAACAAGGAGGAACAGCCAGUGAAGAGAUGACUAUGUUCCCAGAUUCGGAGGAAACUUGGAACACGACUGACAAUCCCGCUGAAGAUCUUAUGAUGAUAGACAGAAAUGUGCACCAAGGAAGUAACAAGAAGAAGAAGCCGACAGACAGUAGCAAUAGCGUACCUGACGGAGAGGAUGACGACGAGGAGGCCGAAGACGAUGAGGAUGACGAAGACGACGAUGGCAAUGACGAUGACGAAGACGAGUUGAGCGACAGUGGUGAGGACCUGGACGACGAAGACGACGACUACGGACUGCGGGUGGAGGACAGCGACGAGGAACAAGGUGCAGACGACGAAGACGACGACGAACUAAGGGGCAGCAAAGUGCUCCCAGUCCCGGCGCUGAGGAGUGGCCGCACUCACCGGCGAAUGCGCCUCAGGCGGUGACCCGGCUAAGACGUGGCUAGCAGUCGGACCUGUUUCUUCGCUCUGGGGCAUCGGGAAAUGCGUCUCACGUGCUGACUGCACUGCUCUACUGACAUACUCUGGACUCCGGUGACCUCAUUUCUUCGAUGCUUUGAAUGAGUACUGAUAGAACCAGCAGACGCUUUCGAAAAGAAUACCCGUGGAUUUUUGCACUCGAUUCAUUAAACCUCUCAUUCAUUAUCUUAUCACAGAUGCCAAAGAUUAGGACUUUUUGUCUGGCCAAUCCAGACACUUAGACCUAUUAUUUUCUAAUCUUUUUGAGCCGUACACAGAUGCCUUUAUUCAGAAAAGUUAGAAAGGGAUAUUGGUAAUGGUGAUAAUGGUGUUACGGGAAAGAUUACGUUACACUUCGUGUUUCACUUCUGGUGUAAUGGUCUGUAACGAACAAUUUCACUCUGCACGUUCUUAGUCCUUCAAACACAUGAUCUUAUUUUACUAAGACCAACUGCAUUUCAUGAGUCACAAGUAACAAGGAUUCCUGCUGACUUUUUCCUGUUUUUCAGACACUAGAAUUGUCCACACUUUGGAAAACAUUCGAAGUGUAACCACUCAAGUGUAACAAUUUUUUUCUACCAUGACAGAGUUUUCGUCUCAGUAUGCACUUUUCCAAAAAACACUUGAGUUUUAAAUUGAAGGUUUCUGCUG